CCUGUCAUUCGUAUAUAAUUGAGCAAUGAUUAAUUAAAUCAUAAAUACAUUAAAAAAAAAUCUAAAAAAAUCUAAAAAAAUCUAAUAAAGCCUCCGACUUUUACUAUUACAACUCUCGAUCUGUCACCGGAAAAACCGCAGGCUCUCUGGCCGGAAGUCAGGACGGGUCGGGUCUAUCCACUUUUGACUUUGCGUCUUCACGAAGCUGAAGCUCGAAGCUCAAAGCUGCUUGCUUGCUUCUUCUUCUGCUUCUUUCGGAGCUCUCAAUUUCUCUCGUUUUCGUUUAUCUCUCUCUGUAGAAUGGGUUGUGCUGGAUCGUCACAGACCAAAGGAGACGGGGCUUUGAAAAAGGUUCGGAAGCCAAAACCUUGGAAGCAUCCUCAGCCAUUAACAAAGUCUCAGCUCUUGCAGUUGCGCGAAGAGUUUUGGGACACUGCUCCUCACUAUGGAGGCAGGAAAGAGAUUUGGGAUGCACUUCGAGCUGCUGCUGAAGCAGAUCUAAGCCUUGCACAAGCGAUUGUGGACAGUGCUGGGGUCAUUGUUCAAAGUGCUGAUUUGACAAUUUGCUAUGAUGAAAGAGGUGCAAAAUAUGAACUACCCAAGUAUGUUUUGAGUGAGCCAACCAACUUGAUUCGAGAGAGUUGACUCAAGGAGAGGAUAUGACAAACUUUGUUCACAAGAUUGAAUGUAAAUCAUGUAUAUUUUUCUCUCAUUCUCUUCCAUAUCUUUAAUAGAGUUGGUCACUUUUUAUGCUUUUCCAUUUGCAUUCACUUGGAUUCUUCCUAGUUUGCUGUAAUCUUCAGUUGGACAGGAAUGCUUGGACUUAUUUUAUCUCAUUUGUUCCUUCUCCCUCCCUCUCUCUCUCUCUCUCCCCCCCUCCCCCCGAAAGAAAACCCCCAGGUUGUACCAAAUCUUUGGAACCAACAAGAUGCAGAUAAACGUAUUUUGUGAUAUUCAAAAUUUCAUUUUCUGUAAGUAGUUAAGACUCUAAGGACUCUUGUUGGAGCUCUACGCUGUCA